GCAGCAGCUAAGUUAGCCACCAGCAGCUACCACGCUCGGGGACGAGGCGUAUUAACAUGCAAAAGUUUAGGAACACGGCCUCCUCGUCCUAAAUACAGACAAGAGACACUGUUUAUGAAACCGGAGACGGCCGUCGAAACCAUGGGCCACGGCUUGCUUCUGUAACAGCUGAUUCUCUGCGUUGUUUGGAGCUUCAAAUGUGCGAAAAGUCGCUCGGUCUCUUCUCGUCGUUGAACAAGAUGGCAGCGGCAGCAACAUCACUGCAGGAUUUGACUACGGCGUGGAUCCUCGUCGCUAGCCUGUUCCCCGACGCUUUGGACGAUAACGCUACGAUUUACUGGUCUUACUAAAGGUAUGGCCUCACAAGUCUUAGUCUACCCACCACACCUGCACCCAGCUCAAACAAGUGCCUUAGGAACUAGCAGCGGUACCAGCAAACACACAGGCGAAGCCCACCGCAGCAGCAACACCAGCAAAGCCUUUCAAAACCGGUCCCUGCCCAAGACCUAUGUGAUCGGAGUCAACUACGGAAUUGCCUAUCCCAACAACGUCAUCCCAUCCUCAACCGGGGUGGAUUCAACAAGACUGUGCAGAGGACUACAGCUGGAAGAAGGGGAGCAGUGGGCAUUGCGGACAGUAGGGUCACAGAGAGAGGGGAGCUGGGAGAGAAAAGACGGUCCAGUGGCUGAGAUUCCGGGCCAGGGGCCGCUCUGCCAGAACCGAGGCCUGCAAGAAGUGAGGCUUUGUGGGGACAGCGGUGGAACGCCAGUUGGUGCAGGAGGAGGCUUGGACUGUGGGCUUCUGACAAGGACCUGCAUCAGAGCAGAGGAGGAAAAGGAGAGAACCAGAAGAGCACAGGAGAGAGCCAGAGACCUAAAUGCCCUAGACACAGGUGCUGUCCCGAGAUGCGAACAGAGGACAGGUGAAAGUGAAGAGCGAUUCCGGGAGAAAAGCUGCGUGGGAGCCAUGCAGAUAGUGGAGGACGUCUCUACGUUACCUCCACUUCCUCCCCCUGUAGCCAUGUUGCAAACCAGCACCAGGAACAAUGCAGACACUGUUAGAGUAGGGGGAAGAGGAGUGCUGCCUGCCCAUCACAAGGGGACAGAGGCAGUGUCUGGUAUCGGAACCGGGGCGGUCGAGACCAAAACCGGGCCUGAUGCCAGUGCUGAGGCAGUGGCAGGAACUACAGUAACAAGAGCGGGCUCAGCAGAUGGUGACUAUCAGUUAGUGCAGCAUGAGGUUCUGUGCUCUAUGAAGAACAGCUAUGAGGUCUUGGAGUUCCUGGGCCGAGGCACCUUUGGUCAGGUGGUGAAGUGCUGGAAGAGGGGAACCAACGAAGUGGUGGCCGUCAAAAUACUGAAAAACCACCCAUCCUAUGCACGCCAGGGACAGAUUGAGGUGGGCAUCCUGGCUCGUCUGAGUGGUGAGAAUACUGAUGAGCACAACGUGGUGCGGGCUCUGGAAUGCUUCCAGCACCGCAACCACACGUGCCUUGUGUUUGAGAUGCUGGAGCAAAACCUCUACGACUUCCUCAAACAGAAUAAGUUCAGCCCACUGCCGCUGAAGAUCAUCAGGCCUAUUUUGCAGCAGGUGGCAACUGCCUUGAAAAAGCUGAAGUCUCUGGGAUUGAUCCAUGCUGACCUGAAGCCUGAGAACAUCAUGCUGGUGGACCCCUCCAGACAGCCAUACAGAGUCAAGGUCAUUGACUUUGGCUCAGCCAGCCAUGUUUCCAAGGCCGUCUGCUCUACAUACCUGCAGUCCAGAUACUACAGGGCUCCAGAGAUUAUUUUGGGCCUGCCAUUCUGUGAGGCCAUAGACAUGUGGUCACUGGGCUGCGUGAUAGCUGAGCUUUUCUUGGGCUGGCCCCUCUACCCUGGAGCGCAGGAGUACGAUCAGAUUCGGUACAUCUCUCAGACUCAGGGCCUGCCUGGUGAGCAGAUGCUCAAUAAGGGGACCAAGACCUCUCGUUUCUUCUGCAAAGAGUCUGACUCUCCCUAUGCCUCCUGGAGACUAAAGUCAACAGAGGAGCAUGAGAAGGAGACUGGACUCAAAUCCAAAGAGGCCAGAAAGUACAUCUUCAGCUGUCUGGACGACAUAGCACACGUGAACCUGGUGCUGAGUCCUGAUAACAGCGACAUGCAAGCAGAGAAGGCUGACAGGAGGGAGUUUGUGUCUCUGUUGAAGACCAUGCUGCUGAUUGAUGCUGAGGAGAGGACCGUCCCCUCCAGUGUCCUCAACCACCCGUUCCUCACCAUGACUCACUUGCUGGACUAUCCACACAGUAACCACGUACAGUCGUGUUUCCACAUCAUGGACAUGUGCCACAGUCGGCCCUCCAAUGCAAUUUAUGACGCUAUGAACCAGAACACGGUUCAGUUCUCGAGGCCUCCUGUAGCCCCGCCCACCUCCUCUGGCCUGCCUCUGGCCUACAGCAAGAUACCAGUGCACACUCAGGCUAUGACCCAGUCAGCUCCGUCAGUGUUGCAUCCUGGGAUAGCGCUGACGACUGGAAGCGGCCAGUUUGGGUGCAGUGACUCUUUCCCACCUGCUCUCAUUCUCUGUCCUCCAACCAUGCAAGGUAACCUUAACCAGCCCGCACAGUAUUCUGUUCCCAUGGUAACUCAAGCCCCUCCCAUACAGCCCCUAUCGAUGAGGCCUGGCGUAGUAGCACAGCAGGCCUGGUCUGGUCGGGGACAGCAGCUUCUUGUCCCAGCAGCCUGGCAGCAGAUGACUCCAGUGGGCCCUCCUCCCUCUCACCCUCCUCCACCACCCCCCUCCUCUCUAACCAGUGACACCACAGCCGGGCCGCAGAGGAUCAGCGACUGGGGGAAAGUACGUUCCCACAGCAGCCACUACAACACUGUGAUGCAGCAGCCUCUCCUGACCAACCAGAUGCCAGGCCUCUCUGCCCCUCAGCCAAUCAACAUUGGCGUAGCUCAUGUCGUGUGGCCCCAGCCGGCCAAUAAACGGAACAGACACAGUCACAAUAGGAACUUGUCCCAGCCAAACAACAUCCAUGUGUCCAUGUGUCGGACACCCAAGAUGGCCGACAUUGUAACACAGACUCUGCCAGUAAGGGAGGAAACUCAGAGGGAGAGCGCUCUGGUGGAAUCCAGAAAGCGAGAUGUUCUGCACACAGAUGAAGAGGACGAUAAUGCAGAGGAGGAAGUGAGCUGCUUCAAAGAGGCGGUGGCCAAUAGCAACAGACAGCUGGACGUGUCCGGUCAGCAACAGCGAGAUGUAGCGGUCAUCAUGGGUGACACGCCAAGCCCCGCGCCGAGCGUUAUCAGCAUCCUUAGUGAGCCGACAGAUGAAGAGGAAGAUGGGCAGGAUGAAGAUGCACAUAGAUGCCAUCUGAGAGAAUCUAAAGGGGAGUGUGUUUGUGAGGCGUGCAGGAAGACCAGCGUGUCUAUGGAGAGAGUUUGUUCCCUCAGCAGCCCAGACAGCAGCCUCAGCACAAGCUCCUCUGCCUCCAACUCCCUGCAGUCCAGCCCCUCUCUCUCGCCAUGCAAGAGACCUAACAGCAUGUCGGAGGACGACGGACACGAGAGCGGCUGCGACACAGUGGAGGGCUCCCCCACAUCUGACACAUCCACCUCCCCCCGUGGCAACAGUCCAUACCAUUAUCUCGACAAUGGUAACCACAACAACCACCCACCCUUGGCUGCCGUGGUAGCACCACUGGCUGCCCCUGCAGUCCAGGGCCGGGGCCCCCGUGGCGUCAGAACCAUGGUGGUUCCACCGAUGAGAGUGCAGAACAACAACAGUGUGGGGACAGAGGAGUGUGUCCAGAGAACUGCCUUAGAGUCUUGGUCCCGGUCCAAAGGGCGCUGCAGCGUAGCAGGACAGCCGAGCGCACCUCCCUCCGUCCCCCUCCUCCCUUCCGCCCCCAUCCUGCCCCGGCAGCAGAAGUUGAUGGGGCAACAGCAGCACCCUCUGGGCUUUGGGCAGGUGCAGCCGUACGGUUCAAACCACAGCAGCAAAGAGUGGAACGGCAACUAUGGCCCGCUGCGGCCUCACGCCUACAUCCCCCCUACUGUUCACACGCACACAUUCACACAUCUGCCGCACAGCAGCCCCACGCACAGCUCCACUGGCCCUCACACACACACCCAGGGCCUGCCCGCUCAUACCCUGCUGUCUUACCCCCCCACAGGGCCCCUCACCACCGCUCCCCACCACCCCCACCCCCACCCCAUCCUGCCCUCUCGCCCGCCUCCUCCAGCUCUCCUCCAGCCCAGCUAUGGCCUCUCCCAUCCCCAAGGCGGCGCCAUAGUUCACCAGGUGACCCUGGGCAUCGGCACCCACCCGCAGUACCCAGGGCACCCGCCUCCCCACCCGCACAGGCUCCUGCCUUCCCCGACCAUUCACCCCCAUCACCAGCCUGGCUACCCCCCGCACCCCCACCAGUUCGAGCCCCCCUUCCCCCCUCCGCCGCCGCCGCCUCACCCUUACAUGGCCUCGCCGGCUGCCUACACCGGCUUUCCGCUCAGUCCCACCAAGCUCAGCCACCACCACCAGUUCUCCUACAUCUGAGGAGCCGGGCAGGGCAGCAGCACUGCCUCCUGCUGAGAAAGGGGAACGGGAAGUGGACUGGGGCCGGGACGUGGGCGGGCAGAACCAGCAGCAGAGCACACAGCGGACAUUUGUGAUGACGAAGACAAGGAAUAGGUGGUCAACGAGAGAGGGAUUGAUAGCAGUGCUUUACAGGGGAACAAGAAAUGAGUAAUCGAAUAACGACGCCGAAGAUGGUAAUGAUGAUUUGUGGUAGUGUGAGGACAAACGUGAUACUGAAGUUCACAACCUCUGGGUCACAUCUGGAGUCGUGAGUGCGAUUAAUUGAGUCAGAGUGACGUGGGCUCCGAAAGACUUCCUGCAAAAUCCUGUCAGCCAGUGGGAAAUAUGAUUGGUUCAAAACUGCAAAGCUUUAUAAGAGAGCGUCAUAAUAGUAAAUGAGAGUAAAUGAAUUAAUGAAAAAUGAUGAUUAGGAAGUUAAAUUAAGAAUGUGUCCUUUGCACAUUACCUCCUAUGUUGUUUCUGUAUUGCUCAGAAUACAAGAUGAUAAAGGCUGGGAUUUGAAUUUGAUUUUUUUUUUUUUUUCUUUUUCCUUUCUGUCAGGUCGCUCAGCCUUCCCUUCCCUUUAUCUCUGUUGCCUUGUAGCUUGUGCUAGCCUGUCAGACCUGUUUGUUAAGCCAUCCCAGUCUGUAUUAACAAGGAGUUAACGUUCCUCUUUUUGUUUCAGGCAGACUCGCUGCUGCCGCUAUCUUCUAGUGCCUUAACAACAAACUCUGUGACAUGAACUUCAGGAGUUUAUCGAUUGUAAAUGUAAAUGGGCUUGCAGCACUUGAACGUCACACUCUUGAAUACAUUGGGCUUAGCGGAUAGACCCAAGGAUUAUGCUUGUGGUUUUUAAUUUUGGGCAAAUGUUGGACUUCAGUUUGCUUUCUAACUCAGAGUAUGGAUUUACUUUAGCUAGAGGCUGCACAUUUAGGGCUUUGACUGAAUGAGCUUUUUAUGUGAAUAAAGAGUGAUUUGAUAUUUUGAUAAUCGAUUUGUAUUCACUAUAGUACUUAAUUCAUAACAGUAUUGUCACUGUUUACUGUAACUGCAAUACAAUCUAGAUAGCCUCUGGGUUGCUGUGUUUUUUCCAUUUAGGCUAUUCUUGCAUUAAUGCGUUUUAUGUGUAAGAUUAACAUUUUUGGGUGUGGCAUAGACUAAACAAAGAGAUGGAAUGUUUUCUGUUUCUCCUUUCAAAAAUGCUUCUCAGUGUUUUAAACGAUCUAGCAACCUGCAGUGUCAUUGCUGGGCUGUUGAGUGUUAGAGUUGUAUCGGUAACUGUUUUCAAAUAUCCAUGUGAGACAAGCCUCUCUCCAUGUGUUGAUGCUUGUUUGUCAGUUUUGAUACAUUCCUUCAGGGUGGAUGCAUAGCCUUGAUUUUGGUUUUUGUCUGUGUGUGAGCGCGUGUGUGUGUGUGGGUUUUUUUUUUUUUUUUUUUUUUUAAAUCCUAGUGUGUAAUAGAGCUCCUUCAUUUUAUCUGUCAUAUCAGCUGGUAUUUUACUCCAAUCAGCACCAAAGACUGUUCAUUAAUCAUUUCUGAAGCAUGGUCACUACUAUUUCUCCUUUUCACCUCCAGCAUACUGUUGCAGUUGUCAUCUAUUGGAAUAUAUUGUGAGAUCUCUAUUUUAAAAAAAAAAAAAAAAAAAAUUGAGGUUGAGGUUUUAUUUUUCUUAGCUUUGUUUGGCAAAUUGUAUUUGGAAUGUAUAGAUUAUAAGCUGCUAUGUACUGAUUAUCUGCCACUUCCGUAGCUGUGAAUUUAGAGGACUAAUCUUGUUCCUACCUUGCAUUCUUACAUUUGUAUUGUAGUUCUGAUGACUAGAUACAAUAGAAGUGGGUUUAUUUUGAUCAUAGAGUAUAUUGAAUGGUAUUCCUAUAUGCUAGUGCCUCUGUAUAUUGGCUUUGUUGUUUUUAAGUGAUUGUAAACUGCUGUAAUGGAAGUAUGAGUUUUCUUAUUUUUAAUCCUUUUGCGUUUUGGUGUGUGUUUUUUGUGCACGUGCAUUUAGCAUCAGUAUUUCAUCUUGAAACAUAGGUUGGGUUCACCCUUGGAUUCUGUAACCGAUGUGUCAUGGAUAUGUUUCUUUUUCUGGUUUUCUUCUGAUAUCUUUUUUUGUCGUUUUGUUUUGUUCUGUCAUUGGACUGUAUUUGCAACUCUUCGUACUGUACAACUAGUGCCUUCUCUUCAACCAAGUGGCUGACAGAUGAUGUCUUGCAUUGAUAUCAAAGCAGUCGGAAAUUUGUAGACUAGUUCUUUCUAAGGGGAUCAGCUCCCAUUUUCAGAUCACUAAAACCCCAAAGUUGUUGGUUUAUUAGACUGAAAUGAGGUCUGACAACAAUCUCUUUUUUACCGAAUCCUAAGAAAGUACAAGUCAGGGAACGUUCAUUUUGCUCACCAAGAACACCGUGCAGUACUCAAACAUAGGGCCUGGAUAUACACAAAUGCAAAGCUUUAUUCUCACACCGUGAAUGUAUUUGUGGAGCUCAAAAAGUCCGAUUUUUUUUUUUUUUUUCGGUUUGCAAAUGUGACAUAGUAAUCGUUUUUGUUGCAUUUGUGACAGCUACACCGAGGUCUCUUGUGUUAUUUGAUUGAAAUGUCGAUAGGAUUUCUUGUGUGCAGCUCCUACCAUAGGUAGACAGCAUGUGUUUCAGUCGCGAGGUAUUUCAAAACGCUUUAUCUCAAAGUUUAGGUCCAAAGUUGUCCCCUCCUCAUACUGCAUCUGCCCUGUUGUAUUAUAGUAUAAUGGUUUCGCUAUGUUGCUUAAGUAAUGGGUGUAUUAUGUGUACUCGUCUGAUUAUGCUACUGUGUUGACGAUCCCCGAUCCUUAGACAAACCAGACAGGAGCAAGGGAGUGUGCACUGUUGAGCUUGGGAGUGCGGCCUAGAAUUACAAUGGAUAGAACAGCCGUGUGCCGCUGCGUCAUGGCACCAAAAUCUUUACUUCAAGAAUGUUGAUUUUGAAAAAGGACAAAACAGAUUCUGUUCAUUUUAAUCCUGUGGUGUGCAUCCUCUGUCGAUUCCCAUGUUUUUGUACCUUUUCUUUCUGUCAGCUCAGCACCUGUGAUGAGAUGUACACACUUUAUCAUUGCCGCAGUGAUGUGCUAAACCAUAAUCCCCCACCACUUUGGGUUGAUUGCUUAGGAUCUCGCCAGAAAUAAUCUUGCCUCCCCGCAGCCUUACACUGAGAGUUGCAUCAUCAAAGUCACUAGAGGGUCAGACAGUCCCAGAUAUUAAAUCUCAACAAGCACAUGUUGCCCAGCAGCCUAAAGUUAAGUAACAAAGCAGGCCUGAGGACAUUUCUACAAAUACAUCCAGGAAGUGACAAAAAUUAACCCCCUCAGUCAUGGAGUGCCUUCAUUAGGCUUUCUGUACUGAUCCUUUGUUGUGAAACACCAAUAAUGCUAUGAUGUGACAAUACUAAGAGGAAAUGAAACUAGUUUGACUGUUGCAGACAACAGGCUACAGCCUGGUUUCUUGAACUCAGGCUCUGGACCCCAAAUGGGCUGCCGGCCUGCUCUUUUUGGGGUCUCCACAUGACAAAAGUACUAAUCAAUUGCAUCUCAUUUGGGUACUGGGCUGAAGAGGUUCAAUCUGAUUCCUAUGACACCUUUUAGGUAGAAUUUGUACACCACAUUUUAAUAAAUAUCGGGUUGACAUUUAAUAUAUUCAGACACAAAUAUGUAGAUGUGUUUGCUAAAUUUAAACUGUUACUGUUCUAAAUGUAUGUAGAUUGUGUGGCUUUAUGAUUAUUGUUUUUUGAUUUUUUUUUUUUUCCUUAAAUGCUACACUAGUUUGACAUGUAGCAACUGCACUGUGCAAUAUACAACAAUAUGAGGACUGGGAAAAAUGAUUAUUGUUUGGAUGUUAUAAUGUGUGUCUUACCAGUUUGCAGUCGUUUCUUUCCCCCCUCUAGUUCUCAGUGAGUUUCAAUGUGACCAAGCCUUAUGUACUUUGUCACAAAAAGCGGGUUCCUUCUUGGUGACUCUUAUUGGUGAGUGUCAAAGUAUGAAUUGAUGGUGUACUAUGUCAAGAUUCACUUUGAAUUAAAAAAAAAAGAUCUUUUGCUUCA